AUGGCCGCCAAAAAAAGUCCCCAUAAUGCUGAGCGACGCCGACUCCAUCCCGCUCAACUAAACCAGCGGCCAAGAAGCUGGCAAGAUAGUCGACCAACCCUCGGGCUUCUUCAUGGAACUCGCCAAAUCACUCCAGAGGCUGCGCGACGCCGGCGGGAGAACAGAUUCAGCCAUCCGCGGACCUUCAGCUUUAUCAGCGAUGCGGAGUUGGAUUCCUUUGCGGGCGUGUCCAUCCCCGGUAGACAUGCGCCGCUGAGAGAUCUCGGUCAGGAUCUGCAUCUUGAUUGCAUCUUGCGAUACUUCCAUGCCAGGAGUCGUCCCGCAGCUGCUAUUUGUCAUGGGCCGUUUGCGUUCUUGAGUGCCACGUUUGCUGGCGAGGGCGACUUUGCAUGUAAGGGGUACCGGAUCACCUCCUGGAGUGAUGUCGAGGAGAUGAUGGAGACCAUGAUGGGUGGGGAGAUUGAGAAGGUGGAGUGUGAUCUUUGGAAUGAAGGCGCCAUUUUGGUCGAAGGCGCGAAUCCUACGGCUGCGAACGCUUUAGGAGACCAGCUUCUGCAAAUGUUGAGUCCCUGCGAUCAACAUCCUUCAACAAUGCAAGCAAAAUCCUUCAAGACGAUAUUCUACCAGAAGUCCCCGGACGGUAAGAUCGCAUACAUAACCCUGAACCGUCCCGACCGAUUCAAUGCAAUUGACCAGCACCUGCCAAGAGAUCUCCGGGAUGCAGUCAGACGGGCCAACGCAGACCCUACCGUACACUGUAUCAUCCUCAAAGGGAACGGGCCCGGAUUCUGCGGGGGCUAUGAUCUCGACAUCUACGCGCAAAAUGCGCAGCGUGGCGAGACGCAUGGCUCACAGGAUCUGUCGAAGGGAUACGACCCAUUAGUUGACUACGCGAUGAUGAAGGAGAACACCGACUGUUUCUCGGAACUGUUCCAUAGCCACAAACCGACCAUCGCCCAGGUGCACGGCGCUGCGGUGGCGGGCGGGAGUGAUAUCGCCCUGUGCUGUGACCUGGUCAUCAUGGCGACUAAUGCGCGCAUCGGGUAUCCGCCGAGUCGCGUCUGGGGUUGCCCAACUACUGCCAUGUGGGCGUACCGCAUCGGAGUCGAGAAGGCCAAGCGGAUGCUCUUCACCGGUGACUUGGUCAGCGGCGCUGAAGCGGCGGAGAUGGGCCUGGUCCUGAAAGCGGUGCCUGAGGAGCAGUUGGAGGAAACAGUACUGUUGCUGGCAAACCGCAUUGCGUCGGUCCCGCAAAACCAACUCUGGAUGCAGAAACAGGUCAUCAAUGGCCUUAUCGAUGGUCCUCUUCUCAGAAGCCAGAAACUGGCUACGAUAUUCGAUGGCAUCACCCGCAACUCCCCGGAAGGUGUUGCGUUCCAGGAACUGAGCAAAGAUAAAGGAUUCAAGGCUGCCAUAAAGGAACGCGAUAGCCCGGCGAGGUCGGAAAGGUAUCAGAAGGUGUGGAAGAGUGUGCUAUAG